ACCUCCACCUCCACCUACACUUGCCCGCCCCAGCCAACCAGCCCGCCAGACGGACAAACAGACAUGCUCUCCACGGCCCUCCUCGCCCUCGCGGCCGUCCACGGCGCCGUCGCCCACUUCGGCCUCUCCUACCCGUCCUGGCGCGCCGACACGCUCGCCCACGAGGACACCUCCAACUACAGCCAGUGGACGUAUCCCUGCGCUGGCGUCCCCUACGGCAAGGGCAACUCCACCGACUGGCCCCUCGGCGGCGGCUCCCUCAAGCUCGAGCUGCACCACCCCUGGACCUACGUCUUCGUCAACCUCGCCGUCGGCGCAAACUCGACAAACUUCAACGUCUCCCUCACCCCGCAGUUCUGGAACACCACCGGCAAGGGCACCCUCUGCGUCCCCAAGGUCGCCCUCCCCGUCGGCAUCGACGUCGCCGACGGCACGAAGGGCAGCAUCCAGGUCGUCACCAUCGGCCAGAGCGGCAGCGCCCUCUACAACUGCGCCGACAUCCGCUUCUCCAAGGACGCAAAGGAGCUCGACGGCUGCUCCGCCGGCAACAUCACCGUCGCCGCCGUCAAGGAGCAGAAGAAUGGCACCGUCGCCAACGGCACCGAUGGGGCUGGUGCCAACUCGACCGCUGGGAAUGGCGGCGGCAAGGGCUCCGGCGCUGGUGCCGUUGGCGUCAAUGCCGUCGCCCUGGGCACCGUUGCCGGCCUGGCCUCCCUAUUUGCCCUUGGAAUGGGUCUCUAGACGUUCUACAAGGCUAUGCUCUUCAUGACUUGCGCGGAGUACACUGGAGUUUGGAGAGUGUCACACGCUCUAUGUGCGGGUUCGAGAGAAACUAUAAGCUUCUAUUAAUCACAGCCAUGAAUAUAAAUGCCCACCCGUCUUUUCCAUCAUGCAAAGCCAUGUAAAUGCAAUGCGUUGUACAUCUAUGGUAUAUGUCGUUGAGCAAGG